AGGGAUUAUCCGGUCUGCCUCUACUACUACACGGAUGGAGGUCUCCGUGAUUUGAAUUAAGGGCCAACAAGGAAGUGUUUUUUGUUUGCUUUGCAGCAGUCCUCAAAUUCUUUUCCCAUCUUCUCUUACUGUAAAAACUGCAUUAAAAUUCAAAAAAUGAAGCAACUGAAAAGAAAAAGGAAAAGCAAUUUUAGCGUCCAAGAAACCCAGACCCUUUUGAAAGAAAUUACGAAAAGGAAAGAAGUCAUUUUCUCCAAGCAGCUCAACACAACAAUUAACGUGAUGAAGCGGAUGGCUUGGGAGGAGAUCGCACAGUGUGUGAAUGCCGUCGGAGAAGGAGAACAGAGGACAGGGACGGAGGUGAAAAGGAGGUACCUCGACUGGAGAGCACUUAUGAAGAGGAAGAGGAUGAAGACCAACCUUAAGCUGGUUGGCUCGGGGUUUCCCCUCCCCUCGUCUGACUUAGAUGACUCUCUCACUGAAGAGAUAGAUGAGAAGAUUGGAUUCCGGAAUGACGCAAAUUUUGACUGGCAGAAUGUGGCAGACUUUAGGGAUGCAGGUGGAUCCUUAACUGAGGUCAAGGUGGAAGAGGAAGAACGGGAUCCCCAGAGUCCUGAAUUUGAGAUCGAGGAGGAAGACGAGAUGUUGUCAGCGGUCAUCCCAGACCCUCGGAGGGAAAACGAGCUUCCCGAUUUUCCGCACAUCGAUGAGUUUUUCACCCUUAACGCGACGCCGGCCAGAGCGGCCUACGACGAGCCCCACUUGCUGGUCAGCCUCGAGAAGCAGAAGCUGGAGUUGGAGAAACGGCGCCUGGAUAUCGAGGCCGAGCGGCUGCAGGUGGAGAAGGAGCGGCUGCAGGUGGAGAAGGAGCGGCUGCGGCAUCUGGACCUGGAGCACGAGCGGCUCCAGCUGGAGCGGGAGCGGCUGCAGAUCGAGAGGGAGAAGCUGAGGCUGCGGGUGGUGAGCGCCGAGAAGCCGGCUUUGGAGAGUGAGCCGGGCGGCCCCGGGGAAAAGGCCGCGCUCCAGCCGCAGGACAUCGAGGCCGAGAAGCUGAAACUGGAGCGGGAGCGCCUGCAGCUGGAGAAGGACAGGCUGCAGUUUCUGAAGUUCGAGUCCGAGAAGCUGCAGAUUGAGAAGGAACGCUUGCAGGUAGAGAAAGAAAGACUGCGGAUUCAGAAGGAGGGACACUUGCAGUGAUCUUUCGGGGCCUCCAUCCAAAAAGUGUCUGUAAACCGUAGGUUUUUCUCGUACCAGGUGAUACCAGGAUGGUUGUUGGAGUAGCUAUGGGUUUUUUUUCUUGUCUGAUGUCAGUGUUUUCAACAGUAGAACGUUCCGUGUGAGUAGCUGUAUGCUUAAGUAGUGUAUUAUAUAAAACCUUUGUACCCUAGCAUAAAAAAGUAUAGUGGAAACUUGUUGUGCCAGACUCUCUACUUCCGUAAUAUUACGUGGAGUCUGGUAUAAUCUGUGUACUCAGAGUUUACAAUUAUGUCUAUGUAAAAUUCCAGCCCAGAGGUUCUCGGCCAGAGAUGAUUUUGACCCCCGGAAGACAUUUGGCGAUGUCUGGAGACUUUUGGUUGUCAAAACUGGGGCGGGGAGCAGGUUGCUACUGGCAUCUAGUGCCUAGAAAUUGGGAAUACUGCUGGACAUCCUGCAGUACACCCCAUCCCCAACACACAUAGUAAAGAAUUAUCCAAACCCAAAAUGUCUCAUUAGUGCUGAGGUUGAGAAACCCUAUCCUAGCCUAACUGUGCUCCUCUAUACCUGUUUCAUAGUUGUAGAAUCUUAAAACCUCAAAUACGAAUGUGAAUAGGUACUUAACAUGGCCAAAAACUUUAACCGCGAACGUUACUGUGUAGUAGAUUGAGCAUUGGGAGUGACGAGGAUGAUAGAUUUCUCAUUCCCACGUUUCCCUCCGAGUAGCCUUCUGAGAGUCAGAACAUAAUACAGGAAUGUCAGAAAUUGUCUAAAAUGGG